AUGCAACUAGCGUUUCUGGACUUUGAAGCUGCGUUCGACUCUCCUCACCGAGGCCGUCUUCUUAACGCGUCCCGCGCCGAUGGAGUGCCAGGAAAGUUCGUUCGGUUGCUUCAUGACAUGAAUCAACGAACAACUGCUGCAGUUCGAACACCAACCGGGUGUACAACACCGUUUGAAGUGGUAACUGGAGUAAGGCAAGGGGCAGUGGCAGGACCCUUCCUGUUCAAUUUCGCCUUCGACGACAUUAUGCGAAGAACACUCGACCAGUGCCGACAUUGUCUUAGCACCAUCAGGGUGCCCCUUGAGUGA